AUGGACGACGACAUAUCGCCACCCGCAUCACCAGUGCUCGAGUCCCGACCGCAACCACAGCCCUCACUCACCUGGUCCACCCAGCUCGCACUAACGCCAACGACUCUCACGCCUCCUCUGCCAGGCGACAAGAUCCUGCUUCCGCCCUCCGCGCUCGAAGCUCUUCUCUCCGCAGCCUCUAAUCUCUCCGCCGAUAUCGUCCGCCGCGACCUGCCCGCUUUCGAUCCAUACAAUUCUUCUUCAUAUUCCACAUAUCGCGCGGCAGAGGCACAGUUUCAAGAUCAGAAGCAGUCGUUGCCGUAUCCUCUCACGUUCCGACUUGUGAACCCGGGCAAUGGAAGGGUGGUCUACGCGGGGAUCAGAGAGUUCUCUGCAGAAGAUGGGCAGGUUGGGUUGAGUUCGUUUCUGAGAGGCGCGCUGGGCGUUGAAGAUGACAAUGCAGAGAAGGUGGUUGUGGAUGGCGAGGAGAAAGAAGAAAGGGGACCGAUGAUCACGAUACACGCGAAACAAUUACCAAAGGGCACAUUUGUGAAACUAAGACCGCUGGAACCUGGCUACGAUCCGGAUGAUUGGAAGGCGUUACUGGAACAGCAUCUGCGGCAGAACUAUACGACUUUGACGAAUGGCGAGGUGUUGGUCGUUCCAGGCGGAAGAGCUUCGAACGGCAAGAAAGAGGAGUUCAGGUUUCUGAUUGACGGGUUCAAGCCGGAGGGAGCAGAUGCAGUGUGCGUUGUGGACACGGAUCUGGAAGUUGAUAUCGAGGCUUUAAAUGAGGAUCAAGCGAGAGAGACGAUGAAGCGGAUUGCGGCGAAGAUGACGAAGAUGCCUGGAUCCGAGGAGGGAAGUUCUGCUGGUGGAGAGAUGGAUCUUUUCAAGGCGCAGGAAGGGCAGGUCUUGCCUGGAGAGUACGUGGACUAUCAAUUGCCGUCUUGGAAUCGAACACAGCCAUUGGAGAUUGAGCUUGAGGCGGAAGACGGCGUGGAGGAUGUCAAUUUGUUGAUCAGCCCAUUCUCGCCGACACAGCAGUCGAAACCGAGGAUCGACGGAUAUGUCUUUGCGGAGUUGGAGGGACGGCCAACGAAGAGGAUACGUCUAGAGCCCAGCAAUGUGGAGCUGGAGACUGCGGAAGCCUUGAAUAUUGCAGUAUAUGGUUUCGCGCCGGAGGAAACGCAGACAAAUGGACACGCCGCGAACGGGACAACACAUGUACCUCGUCACUUUACGCUCCGAGCUCGACAUCCUGACCCGAAAGAACCAAGCCUAGUCACCCCUCAAACCUCCGACAUCCCACCCAACGAAGGCGACGUGCGAUGUAAGAACUGCACUCAAUGGGUCCCCAGCCGCACCCUUAUGCUGCAUGAAAACUUCUGUCUCCGCAACAACCUCCUCUGCCCAAAGGGCUGCGGCCAAGUCUUCCAGAAACGUUCUCCUGAAUUCACCUCCCACUGGCACUGUCCGCACGACUCCUCCUACGGCAACACACCCACCUCCCACCUCCAACACGACACCUUCUUCCACCCCUCCUCCGUCCUCCGCUGCCCCGACUGCUCCACCUCGGAAACCUUCUCCACCCUCCCUACCCUCGCCCACCACCGCACCUCCACCUGUCCCGGCAAAUCCAUCCUCUGCCGCUUUUGCCAUCUCGUCGUGCCGCAAGAAGGCGACCCCGAUGUUCCCAAUGCUGAAGCUUUGCUCUCGGAUAUGACGCCUCAUGAACUCGCCGAUGGAGCACGAACGACGGAAUGCCAUUUGUGCAACAAAAUCGUCCGACUGCGGGACAUGGACAUACAUCUGAAGAACCACGAUCUCGACCGCUACUCCCGCCCUCCGCCGAUUGUAUGUCGAAACGUCAACUGCGGUAGGACGCUGGAUACGUGUUCUCACUCGGGCGACACCCGCGCGGGCACGAAGAUGGGCCAAGGACCGGGGAACGAUGUCGGUCUGUGUAGCGUGUGCUUCGGCCCGUUGUACGUCAGCAUGUACGACCCGGAAAACAAAGCACUGAAACGGAGGGUGGAGAGGAGAUAUCUACAGCAAUUGGGCACGGGGUGUGGAAAAACAUGGUGUAACAACGAGUUCUGCAAGACUGGCCGGACGAGCAAAGGCAUCGGAGCAGCUGUGAGCACGAAAGACGCGAUACCCAUGGUCAAACCUUUUCUCGACGGACUCCUGCAACCCGCUGGGCAGGGCCAGACGGGACUGCAUUUCUGUGUGAAUGAGCAGAGUCAGAAGAGGAGGGGGAUGGCGGAGUUGUUGGCGGCGGAGGAUGGAGGGCCGAUGGGUAAAGGUGGGUUCUCGUUGGAGUGGUGUGUUGGGGCGUUGGAGGCGGAGAAGGGGGAUUUGGGGGAGGCGAGGGGGUGGUUGAGGAAUUGGGCGGUUGAGAGGGGGGAGGGGAGGAGGGGGUGA